AUGGGUUUUACCUCUCAAAAUGCAUUAAGGCUUUUCAAAGAGGUGGAUGACAUCCUCGGGGAAGAGAGUGACAAUGAAAGCGAGGGAAAAGGGAAAGAGGAGAGGAUGGAGGUAGAGGAGGAGGAAGAGGAAGAGCGGCCCCACAUAAGCAAGCAGAAGGCCCCAGCAUCAGAUUACGUCCCGCCACUGGCCACUGUUGUUGAGGAAGCAGCCCAAACAUCGACCAGAGAAGAAGUCUGUGUAACGGGGAAUGUGCCAAGGGGCCACAAAAGGAAACUGGAGGAGGCCAGAGAAGAUAACGCCGAUAAUGAUGAUGAUGAUGGCAGCUCCAGUAAAGACUCCAAUGAGGAUGAGGAGGGCAGCAGCUCGGAGGCUGAUGAGAUGGCCGCUGCGCUGGAGGCGGAGCUAAAUGAUUUCAUGUGCUGAUAGUGAACACUGUGGCAGCGUUAAACCGGGUGUUUGGUUGGCUCUCGUGCCACCCUGAACCAUCACUGUACACACUGAUCAGAUCUGGACUUGUAGGCAUCAAGACUACCCGUCUAAGACCAGUCUCAUGAAUUCACUGGAUCUAGAUGGUUUUCUUCUGCCGAGCUGCUUGAAUGAUGAGACGUCCAGAUCUAACUCAGUUUCAAAUGUUUCUCAGAGGUUUGUGCACCUCAUCUGUCUGUGUUGUUUUUGACUGAUUUGACGGAUUUUCUUUCACUUUCAUUGUGGUGUUGUUAUUUUCAACAAUGUAAAGUAUUUGUAUAAUCUAUUUCGUACUUGACAAAGAAAAUGCUUUUCAUUUAAUAAAGAUUUGUUUUAUAAACCAGUGUUUUGAGGGGUUUUUGUAUUGUUGAG